AUGGCCUUCAUGGCCUCCAAGCAGGCGCGCGGCGCGGCCCCCGGCAUAGUGCACGCCCUGGGGCCCGGCGCCAGCACCCUGUUCCACCUCUCCAGGAUCAUCGGCAUGGCGCCCUUCAAGCAGACCAGCACGGCCGUGGUGCGCUCGCGCGGCUGGGAGGUGUACUCGCUGAUCGUGUGCCUCUUCAACAUCGCCGUCAUCAACUACAUGUGCUCCCGCAUCUACAAGACGAUGACGGGCAGCUUUUACUCGGACAUGUUCGGCGUGUCCUACAUCGCCAAGGUUUUCUCGCUGUUCUCCAACUACGUGCCGCCCCUGUACAUCUUCACGACGGACCUGCAGUUCGGCAACCUGGCGCUGCUCGUGCACCGCCAGCUCCAGGACCUCAGCCGGGCCACGCGGCGCCUGCAGAAGGAGGCGCAGGCCCGAGCGCACGACGUCGCCAACCUGCCGGGGCUGAGGCAGUCCACGCGGCAGCUGCGAGCGCGACAGGAGUGCAUCUACACCUCCAUCUCCAAGCUCAACAGCGCCUUCUCGCUGCAGCUGCUGCUGUCCGUCACGCUGUGCCUGCAAGAGACGACCUACGGCCUGUUCUUCGCCAUCACGUCGCAGUACUCGCGGUGGAAGCCGCUCAUCGCGGCCUGGGCCUUGGUGUCCGUCAGCAAGCUGGCCCUCCUGAUGACGCCGUGCCAGUGGGUGGAGUCGGAGGGGAGCGUGAUCACGAACGCCGUCAACAACGCACUCCAGAUAAAGAACGUCGCGCUCGCCGACCGCGAGGAGCUGGAGGAGUUCCAGACCCAGCUCCUCCACCUCCAGAUGCGCUUCUCGGCGGCCGGAGUCUUCCCGCUGGACUACUCCCAGCUUCAAAAGGUCAUCUCCACCAUCACCACGUACUUGGUGAUCCUGCUGCAGAUGCAGGGCCGGUCGUCCAGGACGCCGGCAGCGGCGGCAGCCCGGACCUGA